UACUAUGUGUAAUAAUAAUAUAGUGUAACUUGUAAAUAUGUCUUAACAUGAUAAUGAUAAUCGUGGGCCUCGUACAUUUCUGUAUAAUUUAAUAAUAUAGUCACAAACCAAGCGCGUCCAACGUGUUUAUAGUACACUAAUAAAUUGUCCACGAGCGAGUCGUCGGCGCCCGGAGAUAGGGGUGAAUGAUAAAAAUUCGACCCACGGCCCCGUGUUUAGGGGUUGCGAGAUGGAAAUAAUAUUAUCGUCGAAACCGUUUGUCAGCCGCUGGUGUACGGCGCCAGCCGUAGGCAAAAAAUUGUAUCGUUGGCGCCGACGGUUAAUGAGCCGCACGCCUUCCCGCUGAAGGUGACUGGCCCUUUGUCGUCAUUACGUUUUUCCCGGCAAAAGUAUGACGGGAUGACUCACGCACACGGCGAUCGCGUGCCCGCUACCUGUGAAUCACCGGCACCUGUGUCCCGCCGUCGUGAGUGCUCGUGACCAUCAUCAGUCAUCAUCAGUUCAGUUACGUCCGUCCGGUAUUCGAGUUUCGUGUAUUUCCGCCAAUUUUCUUAUUGUUUUCGCGACUCCCGGACAUCCUUGCCCCGCUGAUUGUUCGACAUAUCCACGCCAUGGCCGUUUUCAGAUCUGGAUGUAUUCAGUGUUAAAAAAAAAUCAUAAAAUGAAUAAUUUAACUAUUGAUUCUGAAAUUGAGUUAAAACAAGAUCUUAAGAAACUAUCAUUAGAAGAACUUCGUAAAUUAAAAGAAAAAAUUGGAAAUGAAGUUUACCAAAAUGCAACAACUAAAAAACCAAAAUUAAAUUUUCAUCCUAAACCGGUUAAACGAGAAAACAAAAACAGACCAUCUGAAAUAUCAUCUAAAGUGGACCCUUCUUUGAAUCUUGUCAAAAAGUCUAAACCUAAAAUUAAAACCAAAGUUGAAGAAACUAAACGUAUUGAUCCUAGAUUUGAUUCUCUGUACGGUGAAUUUGAUAAACGUAUUUUUGAACGGAAUUAUAAAUUUUUAAAUGAUGUCAAAGAAAAAGAAAAAAAAAAGCUACGGAAGAAGUUGAAACAGAAGAGUCACGAUGAAAAGAAUGAGCAGGUUAAAUUAUUAUUACAAAGAAUAGAAAAUCAAGAUAGAGAAAAACAAAAAAUGGAAGCUCAAGAAAAAUUAAAAUUAGAACAAAGACAAAAGAGAUUAGAUGCUGUUAAAGAUGGUAAAAAACCUCAAUUUUUAAGGAAACGUGAAUCAAAAAUAUUGCAACUGGUUGGACAAUAUGAAGAUUUAAAAUCUCAAGGAAAACUCAGCAAGCAUAUUAAACAGAAGAGAAUUAGAAUUAUUGGGAAUGAAAAGAAAACAAUGUUCAACAAUUCAAUGGAAUAAUAAUAUAUAAUUAUCAUUAUUGAUUCAUAAAUAAUAUUGUUGACAUUUAAAUAUUUCAUUGAGUAAUAUAAUAACAUAAUUUCUUUCUUAUAUUAUACAUUUCACUUUUUUUCAUUUAAAUUAUGAAUCCUGUCCUUAACAUCACUGGUGAUCCCAGGCCCCAGCAGUCACUUGAAACGUAAAUGGUGCCGGGAUCUUCUAAACGAUUAAACAAUUAAAUCUGUCAAGAAGUUCCAUCACUAGAUGGAUUCUUCUCCAAGCCUCCAACCCAUCAACUCCCACAGUGUUUAUACACAUUGUAAAAAAAAAAAAAAAUUAUGAAUAUGUAAUGGUUUUUUAUUUGCUUAUCUUACAAUUUAUAUUUAAAAAUUAAACAUAAUUGGAGGGCUGUCAGAAUCUGGAAAGUAUAAAACAGCAACAAACCAACUUGGGAAUGAUAUUUUGCCGAUAUUUACAAUUUCAGUAACACUCAUUAUCUGGAAGUCUAAUUUAAGAAUAUGUUUUUCACAGGAAAUAUAAAUCUCUGGAACUAUUAAAACCAGGAAGAUAUUUUUCAUAACCAACUAUU